AUGAGGAGACCACUGAGUGACGACAGACCUCAGAAUCGCCUGAACCGUCUUAUGCAUGUCUUAAGACGGUUCAUCGAGAGCCGACAGAAAAAGCAUACUCUUCCGCCUGGCCCAGUGCCGCUCCCGCUGAUAGGGAAUGUCUUAUCUAUUGACACUAAGGAACCUUGGUUGACUUAUACCGACUGGCGUGCUGCCUAUGGGGACUUGAUCUUCGUGCAGAUUCUAGACCAGGAAGUGGUCGUGAUCAAUUCUCAGCACAUUGCAGAAGACUUAUUGGACAAGCGUUCUCGGAUUUACUCUGAUCGACCAUACUUAGCCACACUCCAGCCUUAUGGCUGGUCGGUCAACUUUUCGUUCAUAGGUUAUGGUGACGAAUGGCGUCUUUGCCGACGACUCUUCCACCAAAAUUUCCGUCCCGAUUCUGCAGUAAAGUUUCGCCCAAUGCAGAUCAGGCGGGCUUGCGAGUUGGUCGUCAAUCUAAUAGAUGAACCUCAACACUAUCAUUCUCACUUCGCAAUAUUUUCGUCAUCUGUUGCGAUAUCGACUGUAUAUGACUACGAGGCCAGUGCUCGUGAUGAUUCUCUGGUGCAGAUCGUGAUAAAUGCACUGAUUCCGGGCUUGACCUUGUUGACCCCAGAGAGAGCAGCGCUGCUUAAAGCCUUCCCCUUCCUAUUGAAGUUACCUGACUGGUGCUGGGGUUCCUUUAUCAAACGUGAUGCUCGAGCUUCGACAGAGCGCGUCAGCGAAAUGGUCAAUGUGCUGUUUCAAUAUGUGCAGCAGAACAUGGCCAACAGCUCUCAAUUUUCAAUGGUUGCAGAAAAUUUGCAACGGAUGGAGAAAAAAGAUGAGGCAUCCAAACCGACGUUCGAGACUGCUCUGAAGAAAGCAGCUACUACUGCUAUUGUGGCCUCAUACGAGUCAACAACUUCAAGUUUGAUGGUUUUUGCUCUCGCCAUGGUGUUAUAUCCAGAUGUUCAGAGACGCACACAAGCGGAAAUCAACUCAGUGAUUGGAAGAGAUCGGCUACCAACAUUCGAGGACAGACCAUCACUACCCUACAUUGAUGCAGUUCUGCGGGAGACUUUCCGAUGGCAUCCCACUGUACCUCUUGGAGUGCCUCAUUCUGCGUUGAGUGCAGACAUAUCCAAUGGUUACUUCAUUCCACAAGGCGCACUAAUCGUGUACAACACAUGGUGUAUUACACGGGAUGAAACGCGGUACCCCAAAGCAUCUCAUUUUAUACCAGAGAGGUUCAUUGGCGUCGACGGCGUGUUGACCAGUGAUGACCCUGCACAGUAUAUUUAG